AUGAUAGUGCGUGAACGGUGGUCAUGGCGUACAACGUAUUAUCCCGUAGCCUCACGUUGUACAUCUGCUAUCAUUGCUGCGCAAACUCCCAUGAUCGGUGACAGCAGCCCUGUUGCUUGUAUAUCUGGUGCUGCUUGUGGUUCUCAUUGGAGCACUGGUGGUGCGACAAUGAACACACGUACAUGGUGUACUGAUUUUAAUACUGCUCUCAAUACAAUGUCCGGUGAAUACUAUGCUUAUUUUCCAAUUCCGAUCAAUGCUGCGUUCAGUGUUCGUUUCUCCAGUAACGCUUGGCUUAAUGCAUUAGGUGCAGGAACUGGAACUUUGUCGUGGAGUGUUGUUAGUCGAAUUAGUACAAUUCUUCGACCGGAUGGAUAUUUAAAUACAAGUCCUGUUGCUGUUUCACUUCCAAUUAUCUACAAACAAACGAAUAUUCUACAUACACAUGUUGUUCAAAUGUCUGAUUUUGAUGGAACUGAUAUAUUAAAAUGUCGUUGGUCAACUUCAUCAGGAAAUGUGAAUUCAGCUGAUGAAUGUAUGGGCAUUUGCAAUGGUGUUCCUGGUGGAGUUACUGCUACUCUAACUGGAACUAAUUGUACAAUGUCAUUUACAUUGACAACAGAUUAUUGGUAUUAUGGAGUUGCAUUACAAAUUGAAGAUUUUUAUGAUAAUGCAGCACUUUUGACAAAUAGUCCAAUGAGUUCUGUUCCAAUACAGUUUCUUUUCUACGGUUAUCCAAAUCCUGGUGGUUGUAGUACACCGCCAGCAAUUGUCGGUGAUCGACCAAAUCGUGCUUGUAUUGGUGUGAUGCCCGGUGACAAUGUGACUUUACGUGUUGUUGUGGAAGUCUAUUGUACUGGAAAGAGUAUUGUGGACUUUAUCUCGACUGUGCCACGUGGUGUGACAAAGAGUGGCAUUUCAAAUCCAACUACUGGUCAAUAUGAAAUCACUCUUUCUUGGUUUCCUCUAGCCGAUCAGUAUGGUCCACAAGGAAUUUGCAUGGCAGCUAUUGAUAAUACAAAUAUUCAAUCAAAUCAAUGGUGUAUCACAUAUUUAGUUGGUUUUCAAUCGCCUGAUGUUAUUCGACCAACACUAGUUCAAGGUUCAGCAUCACCAAUUGGUACAAUAUUUCAAAAUCAUACGGUCUUCUCUAUUCAAACUUCAAAAUACGUCAAUCGUCCAACAAGAAAUCAGACGAUUAUUUAUUUUCGAAAUGCCAGUAAUGGUGGUUCACUUGUUCAACAAUUCGAUUGUGGUUGGGAUCCUGCAGUGACAUAUACUGGUUACACAAUUGUCAUUCGUUUUCCAGUUGCACCGUGGACUCCUGGACAUUUCUUUUAUGUCACAAUGGACAGUGGCGUUGCUAGUGGAACAGAAUUUUGUGGUCCUGAAUCUGCACCAAUGUAUGAUCCAACUUUUUGGGUCUUUAAUAUAUGGAAUCCUGCAGUUUCAUCUACGACUACAACGACAACAACACCUUUCACAACAGUAACAGUCACUACAAAACCAACAUCAACCACUAGUAUCAAUACUUUAUUAACAACAACUGGUAUUGUUAUAACAACAACAAUUCCAGCAACUACAACAGGAACAACAUCAACAACUGCAGUAACCACAGUUGCUUCCACAUCAGUUGGUCCAACUAUGUCUGGUUCAACAACUGAAUCAACAGUUGCUGUUAUGUAUCCAAAAGACUUUGAAGAUGUUUGUCAACAAACAGUAGGAAUUAUGAGUGCUGUAAUCAUGUUAUUGAUGAUGCCGAUUCAAACUAUAACAAUGUACGCUACUUUUACAAAAUAUGCUGCUACAUUCAAUCCAAUUAAUAUUAAAGCAAAGACAAGACAUCAAUUACGAAUGAAAAGAAUUCUAAAACAUUAA